AGGAAUAGUGACGUAAGGACGUCGCCCCUGUGGCGUCACAAAGCGUGCGGCGGCGGAUUUCCCGUCCUGCCUCGGGGCUCCCGGUCGCUCGGCUCCAGCUGGAGAGACGCGCCUGGGAGUCUCCGGUGUCGAGCGCUCCCGGUGCCCUGGCCACUGUGUCCCUCCCUACCCGGGAACAUGCCGCGCCGCCCUCCGCAGUGAUCCCCGGACAGAGGCAAUGACAGCGGCUCCGGUAUCCCCGCGGGAAAUCAGGGAGAGGCUGCUGCAGGCCAUCGAUCCGCACAGCAAUAUUCGUAACAUGGUGGCCGUGUUGGAAGUAAUCUCCAGUUUGGAGAAGUAUCCAAUUACCAAAGAGGCACUGGAGGAAACCCGACUUGGAAAAUUAAUUAAUGAUGUUCGGAAAAAGACCAGUAACGAGGAUCUCGCCAAACGUGCUAAGAAGCUGCUGCGUAGCUGGCAAAAACUGAUAGAGCCAGUACAACAGAAUGAGCAGGCUGCCAGGGGUACUCCCAACCCCCAAGGUUCAGCCAAUGGUGGUAGUACCCACAACUGUAAGGGAGAGACCAAUCAAACUGCACUGCUGAGUGGAAAACCUCUUCAGGACCUUAAGGGCAGGAAUGACAUCCAGAAGGCACAUUCACCUAAGGCUGAGAAGGUGGCCAGUCGAAAGAGGAAAGGGGAAUUUAGAGAUGGUACCCAAGGGCUUGCUUGCAAAGCAGGUAAGCCGAAUCAGGAGUUGUUCCAAAAUUCUUCACCCCUUCCCACCAAUGGGAUUGGAACUAGUCCUCCGGACAGCCUACUUAGUCCUCUUGAUGGCAGUUCACAGACUAACAGGUUGGAGACUGCUGAAAAUGAUAAACAUGGUAAAAUUCCCGUAAAUGCUGUCCGGCCUCACACCAACUCCCCUGGACUUGUAAAACACCCAAGCACUUCCUCUUUAUUAAAAGUGGCCGUCCUACAGCAGCACAGUGUAGGGUUAGAAGAAACCCAUUCUCAUCAGCCACGAAGUCCACGUUGUACCUCCUACAGCCCACGUGGCACUAGGGCAGAAUUAGUGGCAAGGCAGCACACCACAUAUGCACCAAAGGGUUCUGUGCCCAGCCCCUCUCAAAGGCUGCCUGGUGUAGACACUGCACAUACACCCUCUUACCAAUCCCCUGUGCACCCUUCUACACCCCCUGCCAUAGCAAAAAGACUAGAGUCUCCUAGGAGGGAUUUUGCAGUCUCUUCCCCUCAUCGGUCUGUGGCGCAACUAGUCCCUACUGACCUCCCCCUCCAGCAGUCACCCAGGAUAACACAACAGCACACCCCACAUGGACAUCGAAGUGGGCCGCCUAUUACAGAUUCUCACACGCCUCGCAGUACCUAUUCUCCAGAGCCCUCAAAAAUGGACAGCGAUGACGCAGCCUCUGGUUCAGACAGCCGGAAGAAAAAGAAAUCUCGUCGAGGAGAUCAAGAAGGAUACUCAGCAGAUGGAAAUAGCAAACAAACACGAGUAAAAAAGGAUCGCAAAUUGAAAUUUGAUUUCAUGACUGGGCAAAUAAAACCUUUAACUAACAAAGACCCAUCCCAGGCUGAGAUUUCAGCCCCUUCAGAACAGCACAGGACUGAAACGGACAAACAAGACCCCAAACUCGGCCUGCCAAGUCCCUUUGAACAGACAGACUGGAAGGAGUUGUCUCAAAAUGAGAUCAUUCAGUCCUAUCUUAGUCGUCAGGGCAGCUUGUUGUCUUCCUCUGGUGUACAGACGCAGAGUGCACAUUAUUAUAUGUCUGAAUAUUUAAAACAGGAGGAAUGCAGUAAGCGGGAAGCUAGAAAGACUAAUGUUUUAGUGCCACUUGCCCUACCGAGUGAGCUGCCUGGAAAAAACAGGGAAGUGACUAGCGUUGAUUUAGACAGAUUUCAUAAUAAUCAUUGGCCUGGUGUCAAUGGCUGUCACGAUACACAGGGCAACUGGUAUGAUUGGACGCAGUGCAUCUCCUUGGACCCUCAUGGUGAUGAUGGUAGAUUAAACGUCUUGCCUUAUGUCUGCCUAGACUGAGCACCAGUCCAAAUCUGCUUUCUUCUCAUAUCUGUGGUUUUCACUGCAAACCAUGGGUCGCUCUGCGACCACUGCUCAAAUUGGAAGAUUUGAAUGAGAAAAAAAUGAGAGUUCCCUUUUUUGGGGGAUGUGAAGGGUUGGGGUUGUAGAGAGCCUGGAAGAGGAGCUUUGUGUUCACUACAUCCUGGGAGUUCUCUUCCACUGCUGGCGCUCCCCCCUCUGUCUGCCACACCCGUUCUUUUGUGCUAAAUGCUGCUACCAGAUAACUUGACAAAGGAUUGCAGAAGGGGGUCAAGAAAUGCAAUGGAACGGUGUGGAAGGGGGGUUCCACUUGGAGUUUUGAAACUCCUAUAGCAAAGUGAGCUAUAAAAAUAAAAUAUAUGAAAAAAAAAAAUGAAGUGUUAAGUUCAAACCUACCCGAAGAUUGCAAAAAGGUGAAUUUUUCCUGUACCUGAGAAAGGGCUGGAAUAAAAACAAAAUUUAUAUAUAUGACAGGUACCUAAAUCUUAUGUGAAAGAGGAUUUAAAUAAGUUGAGAGUAAGUUACCUUAACAGAGUAUGCAUUAUUUAUUUGAAUUAAUGUUUUCUUUCCUUUUUUCAGAUUUUUAUUUCAGUUUAAAAUUUGACAGUUAAGCGUCUAAAGAGGCGCAAAGUAUAAGUGUUCAGUUGCAAGCAUCACAGCUGGUCCCUUUAUGUUGACUAGGAGAAGAGUCUUAAAAAAUCAUUCCUUCUCCCCAACAUUUUUUUUUUUCCUUGGAAAGUUAUUGUACACAUCUCCCAUCACACAGUUCAGAUCUGUAAGCUGCUGCUAGUUUCCCUUUUAUAAGCCCAGUAUAAAAUCUACCUUUCCACCGUUCGAAACCUGUUCAAGCCCCAACACAUAAAUGCAUACAUGUGAUUUCUAACCAUAUUUCAGUGUUUUCAGCAUCUCUACAUUAGAAUUGAACUGUGUUCAUUCUACCCCCAGUGAGAAAAAUUCUUCAAAUGACCCUAGUUUUCAAAACGUAAAGGUGACGGAUGGUGCUACCAGCUUCUAAAUUGUCCAGAGGCCGACCACACAAUAAGGCCAGUUAGUUGGCUGGGGAAAAAAAAUAAAAAAA